GAAGGCCUAUGAUCAGACGGCUAGGAUCGGAGCAUAUCGUCUAAAAUCAUGUUUAGGGAAGAAGAUUUUUUAAGUCAAGCGCGGAUGAAAUGACGUCUGGUAUAUCAACGCAACUGAUGCUGGGAGAGGAAGAGAGGGGGAGAGAGAGGGUUUAAACGCGAGAGGAAUGCUACAACUGCAUCGGCAUUAAGACAGCUUGCGAUGGUUUCUCUAUCGACGUGGUUUCGAUACAUAGCACACAAGCUCGAGUACUCCAUCUCUGUCAGCUGGAAGAGAUAUCAAAUAGGUCAAAUCACUGACAGAGAAGUUGGUGAUAGUAUCUGGAAACAUGUGUUUCAAGGCAAGUUGACGACAAUCUUGCAUUGGAAUAAAGGAGGAGAGAUGGCACCAACAAUAGGGCAGCAGGGCGGGACUCUUCUUGUUCGGAAAUUUCCAUCUGUGGACCCAACCCAUGUUUUUGUGGGAGAUGUUGUUGUGUUGAAAGACCCUGAGAACUCAAAUAAGUAUCUUGUUAGAAGGUUGGCUGCCGUAGAAGGGUAUGAGAUGGUAUCUAUAGACGUGAAAGACAUGCCUUUUGUUCUAGAGAAGGAUCAGUGUUGGGUGCUGUCAGAUAAUGAGUCUAUAAAGCCAAAGGAAGCAAGGGACAGUCGGACAUUUGGCCCAGUUCCUAUGACCGACAUUAUCGGUAGAGUUAUAUAUUGCCUGCAAACAGCUGUGGAUCAUGGUCCCGUGCAAAACAGUCGUUCUGGGAUGCAUCAAGAUUCCCCAGUGUUGGCAGUGGAGUUGGAUGUGAAUGAGAUGGCAAGGAAUCACAAAGCAUAAGCCUGUGCCUCUAUACAUUUUGAGCUGAUCCAAUUGUCAAAGACCCUUCACGUCAUCCGUUCUGUGGAAAUAAAACAGUGGAUGAACUUUACCUGUUUUCUGCUGGCGCGGGCGGAGGUCGUAUUACCUUGAUCAUUGAUGAGAUCUGCCAAUUGGGGAUUUGGGUUUGUUUUGUAACUGAAAGAUCUGAAGUUUUGGAUCCCGUAUUUCGAGUUCCGACCGUAUUUAGAUCGGGAAACAUGUCUCUUGUUUCAUGGAUUUGGUAAACCGAAGCUUUUGGGAGUUGUUACUGGAUUCUUUGAAUGUGGUUUGGCCAAUUUCCUGCAGUUUUGAGUUA